AUGGCCACAUGGAAAAACAAAGGCAGCUCUGGAGUCAGUGAUACGUCCAGAGGAGGAGUGCGCAAGGCCCAUAAGCAGGCAGACCCGAGCGGCCGAGGGAACUGGUGGCUGGCAACACUCCGAGACACGCCCGUCCCAGGUCACUACCGCAUCCAGGACUUCACCGAGGAGGCUGAGCUGAACCCGGUGAAGAAGACUUAUGGUUUUAAAAGCCCAGGCAGGAGCGUCCCGGUUUGGGGCACGCAUAAAGGGGAUCUGCUUCUACCCGGGGCGUACGACUACCCCGACUCCACCCGGGAGGUCCUGAAGCGCCGGGCCUCCUACGCCUUUAAAACCUGCCCCCGUCCCGACAUCGUCACCCUGGGCGUCAGAGACAAGGAUGUAAACACUUCGCCGUGCGACUACAAUGUGACAGCAGCGCCAGUGGAGAAGAUUCCCUGCAAGCAUGUGAUGUUUCGGUCGGCCGUGAAACGUAUCAGCUUUCUGCCUAGGGAGGGGCCGGCUCCGUGCCACUACAGCCCGCAGACGCCGCCGGCUGAGGGCGUCACCUCCUGCUUCAGGUCCGCGCUGCCGCGGCUCCACUGGGCACGCUCCACAACCCCAGGACCAGGCGCUUACGGGCCCUCCUGGACGCCGGGUGAUCGCCUGCGCCCCGAGGACGUGGCCGGCCCGUCCUACAGCCUCUUCUUCCCCGACAUUCGUUUCCCAUAA